AUCGGAAGCAGGCGGCAGCUAGGGUUGGAGUCGCCGCUGUUCCUCCCCUCGCCUCGCAGCCUCCGCCUCUCCUCGUCUUUCCGGCUCAAUCUGCGGAGAGGGUGGAGGCGCGCGCGGGCCACUGCCACCGUGAGGCAGCCGCACUCGGGCACCGGGACCUCGGGAACCCUAGCCGGCUGGCCCCGGUUUAUUGCCUGCCCCUUCUGGCUGCUAGCGGCCGGGCUGCUUGACGAUUUGUGGGUUUCCCUUUCCCAUUUGCUCAGUGAAUGCGCUGCGGAGUCGCUGUUUGUAGGAUUUGUAAAACACGAAGAUGAAUGGGGUUUACAGACACUAAAUCAUCAAAUAGAGGAAGCAAUUUAGUGCCACGGUGGUCAAGAUGGCUGGGCAGUCUGACCCUCAUCUUUCUAUCUUCUCACCCUCAGAGGUGGAGUUCGUGGCGGAGGAUGAGAUUGUCGAGAUCGUCCCUAACAUUCGCAUGGAGGCCCUCAACAUGAUAUGCGGGGAUUUUGGGCCCUUCUUCCCGCAAAUUGCAAGCAAAGUGCCUCUUUGGCUCGCGGUUGCACUCAAGAAGCGUGGCAAAUGUACCAUACGCACACCUGACUGGAUGACUGUUGACCGCUUGACGCAGGUAUUAGAUGCAGAAAGAGAGUCACCCAAAGAAUUUCAGCCAUUGCCGUUCCACUAUAUUGAAAUAUCUAAGCUUCUCUUUGAUCAUGCUCGUGAUGACAUCUCAGAUGCAUACCUGGUAAGAUCUUUGAUUGAGGACAUCCGAGAUGUCAGAUUCCAUAAGGUUGAGACUGGUCUGGAGACAAUAUCUGGCCGUACUCAUGCUGUAAAGCUAAAAAAUCUCUCUGCAAUGGAAGUGAAUAUCGUGCGUCCUUUCAUGGUGAGAACUUUACAAGCAUUCUAUAAGCAUGAUAGCCCACAGAUGAUUCAGCAGGCAGAUAACACAGGUAGCAGACCAACACCAGUUACAGACCGUGGUCCAAGAAGAGAUCUAAGGCGCAGGUAACAAGCAGGAUGUGUAUCUAUCCCUUGAAAAUUUUACUGUGUGUAGAUUGCAGUAAAUGAAGGUACUUGUGAUCUGUAUCUCACUAGCUAGAAGCCAACUGCGUUUCCCCAAUUUGUUGUGUGUGUACCAAAAUUUUAUAGGACUAAUAACAUUUGACAUGGUUUUGUUUUUGAAGAAGCGAAGAUAGUAAGAUACAUCAAUUAUCUGUCACAAAAGGGAGAUUCCUCAUGUAUUCUGGAUGGAUGUAACUUAUGUGAUGUAUUUUUACUAUUUCUGGCAUAACCUAAAUUUCCUGACUUUAUUCGAGUUAUGAUUUCAUUUUAUGCUUGCUA